AUAUAUGUCUGUGACAUAAGCCUGUUAAAAUGAGGUUUACAUUGUUAUUAUUUUUAGUUCCCGCUUAUUUUCUUCUUGUAGAAGGCUGGGUUGGUAUAAUAGAACCAGAUAAAGAUUAUAAAGGCGAUGCAGCUUGUUUUACUAAACACGAGGAAUUGGGGGAGUUUAAGUUAGGAGAAGAAAAAAGAAUGAAAGAAUGUGCCAUUGCAAUUUGUGAAACCAAAGGAAUGAUAAGAAUAACAGGAUGUGGUGUAGUUGCUGUUGCCCCACCUUGCCAAGUAGUGAAGGGUGAUUUAUCAAAACCUUAUCCAAAGUGUUGCUUCGAAAUAAAAUGUCCCGAAGAUAAUAAAGUUUAGAUACAUUUUUAUGUUCACAAUAAAGUUGUUUAAUAUUUAUAUAUUAUUAAUUUUAUAAAACAUUUAUAAUCCCUAAUUAUUGUAAAAACCAUCCAAGCAAGGGUGGCUACGAUUUAAG